AGCGCCGCACUGCAGACUUGACGAUGACGUAGUGAAACAGUUGGAAAAGUACCGCAGGCUGCAGCUUAGCAGGAGAACUGUGAGAGAGAAAGUUGAAGCGGAGUUCUGUGAAUGAAGAUGGACUCUGCAGAGGUGGAGAUAGACGGCAGCGUUAUGGAGGGAGGCGGACAGAUCUUGAGAGUCUCAGCGGCACUCAGCUGCAUCACUGGCUCCGCGAUAAAGAUCACCAAGAUCCGGGCUGGCAGGAGCACCCCGGGACUAAGACCGCAGCACCUGAUGGGCCUCCAGCUGGUCUCAGAUCUGUGUUCCGGCAGUCUGCAGGGGGCAAGCAUUGGUUCCACCGACAUCAGUCUGACUCCAGGAAAGAUCCAGUCUGGGAACCACACGGCCGACACACAGACAGCAGGGAGCGUGUGUUUGCUGCUCCAGGUGGCUCUGCCCUGCGCUCUGUAUGCUGACGCUGCCUCACAGCUCUGUUUAAAAGGAGGAACCAACGCAGAGAUGGCCCCUCAGAUCGACUAUACUGUCAAGGUAUUUAAACCCAUCGUAGAGAAGUUUGGAGUCCGCUUUGACUGCGACAUCAAAAUGAGGGGUUACUACCCUAAAGGUGGAGGGGAGGUGAUGGUGACAGUGAAUCCGGUCAAAGAGCUGCAGCCCGUCACCAUGACAGACAGAGGAAACAUCACAAAGAUCCACGGCAGAGCGUUCGUGGCCGGAGUCCUGCCCUACAAAUUGGCCAAAGACAUGUCGGCUGCAGCCGUUCGGACCAUUAGGAAGGAAAUCAAAGAACUUUACAUCAACAUCCAGCCGGUUCAGGAGAAGGACAAGGCCUACGGGAACGGGAAUGGCAUUAUAAUCAUAGCAGAAUCGUCUACAGGGUGUCUGUUUGCGGGCUCGGCUCUGGGGAAGAAAGGUGUUUACGCUGAUAAAAUCGGUAUUGAAGCUGCUGAGAUGUUACUGAGAAACAUCAGACAUAACGGCUGUGUGGACGAGUUCCUGCAGGACCAGCUCAUCAUCUUCAUGGCGCUGGCGAAGGGGACGUCCCGGAUCCGGACUGGAGCAGUAACACUACACACGCAGACGGCCAUCCACAUCGCAGAGCAGCUCACUCAGGCAAAGUUCACAAUAACGAAGAGUGAAGACGAGCUGAGCAGCAAUGUGACCUACAUCAUCGAGUGUCAAGGAUCAGGGGUGGUUAACCCUCACCUGUAGCCACACACACACACACACACACACACACUGAAAACACACGCACUCUUCUGGACUCGUAGCUGCUCCUGUCAUGGCUGACCCUCUUAGUUUUUAUUGCUCAGGGUUUAUUUUGUGUUUCCUUAAAAUGCUGUAAUAAGAUAAAUAAAAUCUUUCAAACAAACUA